CCCAAGAGGGGAGAAAGGAACCCAACAGCCUCUGUGUUCGGAGGCAGGACUUUGGGGGAAGGAAGCCCCAGAAGAGGGCCCUCCCUGGGGAAGAAAGCAUGAGGAUCACUGGAGUGCAGCCUCCAGCUUCCGCUGCCUCGUGGAUGUGGUGCCCGUGAAGAAUGAGGAUGGAGCGGUCAUUAUGUUCAUCCUCAACUUUGAGGACCUGGCCCAGCUCCUGGCCAAGCGAGGGAACCGCAGCCUGUCCCAGCGCCUGCUGUCCCAGAGCUUCCUGGGCUCCGAGGGCUCUCAUGGCAGGCCGGGUGCACAGGGACCUGGCAUGGGCAGAGUCAAGUACAGAACCAUCAGCCAGAUCCCGCAGUUCACACUCAACUUUGUGGAAUUCAACCUGGAGAAGCACCGCUCGGGCUCCACCACAGAGAUUGAGAUCAUCGCACCCCACAAGGUGGUAGAGCGGACCCAGAAUGUCACCGAGAAGGUCACCCAGGUGCUGUCCCUGGGUGCGGAUGUGCUGCCGGAGUACCAGCUGCAGGCGCCGCGCAUCCACCGCGGGACCCUCCUGCACUACAGCCCCUUCAAGGCCGCGUGGGACUGGCUCAUCCUGCUGCUGGUUAUCUACACGGCCAUCUUCACGCCCUACUCAGCCGCCUUCCUGCUCGGCGACCAGGACGAGCCUCAGCGCGCGGACUGUGGCUACAGCUGCAGCCCGCUCACCACGGUCGACCUCAUCGUGGACAUCAUGUUCGUCGUGGAUAUCGUCAUCAACUUCCGCACCACCUAUGUCAACGCCAACGACGAGGUGGUCAGCCACCCACGCCGCAUUGCCGUCCACUACUUCAAGGGCUGGUUCCUCAUCGACAUGGUGGCCGCCAUCCCCUUCGACCUGCUCAUCUUCCAUACUGGCUCCGAUGAGACCACAACCCUGAUCGGGCUGCUGAAGACGGCUCGGCUGCUACGGCUGGUGCGUGUGGCUCGCAAGCUGGACCGGUACUCUGAGUAUGGGGCAGCGGUGCUCUUCCUGCUCAUGUGCACCUUUGCACUCAUUGCACACUGGCUGGCCUGCAUCUGGUAUGCCAUCGGCAACGUGGAGCGGCCCUACCUGGAGCCCAAGAUCGGCUGGCUGGACAGCCUGGGAGCACAGCUCGGCAAGCGCUACAACGGCAGCGACCCAGCCUCGGGCCCCUCAGUGCAGGACAAGUAUGUCACGGCCCUGUACUUCACCUUCAGCAGCCUCACCAGCGUGGGCUUCGGCAACGUCUCACCCAACACCAACUCUGAAAAGGUCUUCUCCAUCUGCGUCAUGCUCAUCGGCUCCCUCAUGUAUGCCAGCAUCUUCGGCAACGUGUCGGCCAUCAUCCAGCGCCUGUACUCGGGCACGGCGCGCUACCACACGCAGAUGCUGCGAGUCAAGGAGUUCAUCCGCUUCCACCAGAUCCCCAACCCGCUGCGGCAGCGCCUCGAGGAGUACUUCCAGCACGCCUGGUCCUACACCAACGGCAUCGACAUGAACGCGGUGCUGAAGGGCUUCCCCGAGUGCCUGCAGGCCGACAUCUGCCUGCACCUGCACCGCGCGCUGCUGCAGCACUGCCCUGCCUUCCAUGGCGCCAGCAAGGGCUGCCUGCGCGCGCUCGCCGUCAAGUUCAAGACGACACACGCGCCGCCCGGGGACACUCUGGUGCACCUCGGCGACAUGCUCUCCACGCUUUACUUCAUCUCCCGCGGCUCCAUCGAGAUCCUGCGCGACGACGUAGUGGUGGCCAUCCUCGGAAAGAAUGACAUCUUUGGGGAGCCCGUUAGCCUCCAUGCCCGGCCGGGCAAGUCCAGUGCAGACGUACGGGCCCUGACCUACUGUGACCUGCACAAGAUCCAGCGGGCAGACCUGCUGGAGGUGCUGGACAUGUACCCCGCCUUCGCAGACAGCUUCUGGAGUAAGCUGGAAGUCACCUUCAACCUGCGGGAUGCAGGUGGGGGUCUCCAGUCAUCACCCCAACUGGCCCCAGGCAGCCAGGAACACCAAGGCUUCUUCCUCAGUGACAACCAGUCAGAUGCAUCUGGCCUCUGGCCUGAGUUGCUGCAGCAAGUGCCCCCCAGGCCAAGUCAGAGCCCCUCAAACCCUCAGGGAGACCCAGACUGCUGGCCUCGGGAGCUAGGCUCCAGGCUAGAGCAGCUCCAGGCCCAGAUGAACAGGCUGGAAUCACGCAUGUCCUCAGACCUCAGCCGCAUCCUGCAGCUCCUUCAGCAGCCCCCGCCCCAGGACCACACUGGCUACAUGCUGGGAGCCCCUGCCUCCGAUGACCUGGCCUUGUCCCCUGCAACCUCAGCGACUCAGAGUCCAGGAACUAGACUACCUCAGGGCGACCUGCCCCCUGCACAACAGGUAAGCAGCUGGGGAGAUCCCCAGGGGCUCGCCUGGAGGCAGCAGCAUGUCUUCCCCCACCCUUAACUUGGUCUCAGUGGGUGUCCGGCCCAGGGCCUUGGUGGUCCGAGAGCAGCUAUGGCUUUUGCUGUCCUCCUUUGUCUGAGUCAUGACAGGCAGCCUGGACAGGCGGUGACAGAGCCCAGACUGUGACCAGGGACCCCACAUCUGGGGCAAGGGCAGCAGGACACAGCCCCUGCCAGUUCC